UUAUACGUAGCAAUGUUUCGUAAAGCUUGUGCAAUGCAGUUACGUAGCUCACAGCAUCUUCGCUCCUGCAGAAGCUGAGCUGUCUCUGUUUCAUUUCUACUUACGGAUAAAACAGUCAGAAUCCAGAAAUGCGGGCUGCAGGAUUGUUGGUCCUCCUGUUUGGACUCUGGGAGCAGUCCCACUCUCAAAACAGCGAACCAAUGUUUCAGGAAGUUACACAGACCAUCCUUCCUACCGACAGGCUGCAUAAUCCAACACAGCUCAAUUAUGGGAUGGCAGUAACUGACGUGGACGGUGAUGGCGAUCUCGAAGUUGUGGUGGCCGGAUACAACGGGCCUAACCUGGUGUUGAAAUAUGACCGCACUCAGAAUAAGAUGGUAAACAUUGCUAUUGAUGACAGUACCUCACCUUACUACGCUCUGAGGGAUGUAGGUGGGAAUGCUAUUGGGGUCACAGCCUGUGAUGUGGACGGAGAUGGACGGGAGGAAAUCUAUUUCCUCAACACAAAUAAUGCCUACUCUGGACGAGCCACUUACUUCGACAAGCUCUUCAAGUUUCGUAAUGGUCGCUUUGAAGAUCUGCUCAGUGAUGAGCUCAAUGUGCGUCGUGGUGUUGCUAGCCGCAUGGCAGGACGUUCUGUGGCAUGCGUUGACAGAAAGGGAACAGGCCGCUACUCAAUCUAUGUGGCAAACUAUGCCAGCGGCAACGUCGGACCCCACGCUCUGUUAGAGAUGGACGUGGCUGCCAGUGAUGUGGCGAAUGGCGUUAUUGCCUUGUCUGACGUCGCCGUCACAGCCGGAGUCAACAAGCUCACUGGUGGACGUGGAGUUGUGGUUGGACCCAUCCUCAGUGAUACAAAAUCUGAUGUUUUCUGUGACAAUGAAGGAGGGCCCAACUUCCUAUUCAAAAACAAUGGGGAUGGGACUUUUGUUGACGUCGCCAGCCAGGCAGGUGUGGCAGACCAAAGACAACAUGGUCGAGGAGUAGCACUGGCUGAUUUUAAUGGCGAUGGAAAGACCGACAUUGUCUAUGGCAACUGGAACGGCCCUCACAGGCUUUACCUGCAGGGAAGCAACUCUAAUUUCAGGAAUAUCGCCACGACAGAAUUUGAAUCUCCCUCUCCGAUUCGCACAGUUAUAGCUGCUGACUUUGACAACGACAGGAAUCUUGAAGUGUUUUUCAACAAUAUUGCCUACAGAGGCAAUGCCCCCAACAGGAUCUUUAGGGUGUCAAGAAGAGCUAUCGCUGACCCUUUAAUCCAAGAGCUCAAUGUGGGAGAUGCUGCAGAGCCUCAAGGCAGAGGAACAGGCGGCACUGUGACCGAUGUGGAUGGAGACGGGCAGCUGGACCUUCUGCUGGCACACGGUGAAAGCGCAGCCCAACCAAUUUCUGUCUUCAAAGUCACACAGGGCUCAACCAAUAAAUGGCUUCGAGUUAUCCCUCGCACCCAGUUUGGCUCAUAUGCGCGAGGUGCUAAGGUGACCGUCUUCACCAAAAAGAGUGGAGCCCAUAUGCGCAUCAUUGACGGAGGUUCCGGGUACCUGUGCGAGAUGGAACCCGUUGCUCACUUUGGUUUAGGAAACGAUGAUGUGUCUGUGCUGGAGGUCUCUUGGCCUGACGGUAGCGUCAUCACACGUGUCCUUCAAGCUGGUGAAAUGAAGUCAGUGGUGGAAGUAGCAUAUCCCGCUAACACAGAAAUGUCCACGCUUGGCAAUGACACAGAGUGUGGUGAAGGUUUUACUGUGAAGAAUGGCCGCUGUGCAGGCAUCUGAGGAUAUUUUCCAACUAACCCUAUUUGCCUUGCCAACCCAAGUUUUUUCUUCUUUACCAUGAGUUUGUUUUUUUCGAUUUGUAUUGCACUUGUAAAUAUGUCAAAAUUUACAAAACAUGAUUAAUAACAUCUUGCUUCCUUUGUCAUUUCAAACAUCUGGGAAAAAAAUGCUUACAAUCAACCUGUUGGGUCAUUUGCUGCUCGAAUGAAUACUCAUUACAGUUCGUCAACAUACAUAUGUCAGGCUUACCACUUGAUGUUUUCCUCCUCUCCUGUUUUUCCUACCUUCCAUCUCAGCACCAGCCUCACCUUUCAGCAUUUCUAGCCCCAGGUUGAAGGCCUCAAAUUUUCAAAUGCUUUUAUUACUGUUCUACUUGCAGACCUGAGAGACCUGUCGUCUUUAAGGCGGCAACAGUAAGAUAUGUUCGCAGGUCUGCAUGUUUGAUUGAGAAAUUCUCAACACUUUUUAGCAUGUUCUCUAGAACUCAAUCAAAGUGUGUCAAAGUUUUACUGUCGUGAACAAGCUACAUGAAGAGACUCAUGUACACAAAUGCCAAAAUUAUUUUGGUUUGGUAUUGAGUUACCUGUUAAUUCUAUUCUCCAUCCACUAUAUUCACUACUGUGAUGGCAUACACUUAAAAAAAUAUGUCCAUGACGAUAGAACAAGUCUUUAUGUUCAUUUGUACUUGCAGUUUAUAAAAAGUGUCCCAUUUGUUAAAAGAAUAAAAAUAAAAGUCAGUUGAAUGCA